UCUGCUGACAAUGCAUCCAGUGAACGUAACUGCAUCGCUGCUGGUUCUGCUGGCAGCCAAUGGCACCACGUUGCUCGACUGUGUCUGCAACCGCCUUGCAAACGUCAAAGGCCUAAAAGGACUCACUUUCGGUGAAAAAUUGAUACGGUGGGACUACUGUACACAAAGAAGUGAUUAUAGGCUGUACGCAACGUGUGAGAACCUCAGGCCGCCGUCCACCGUGGUGCCAGCCGUUUCACACCUGAGACCGGGCACCUGGAGCUACCAACCGCCGCUGUCUGCAGAUGGAGACCCGUGGCUCGCAGACGAGGAGCAGUGCGACGUCGUCAUGGCGGCGAUUCGUGAUCUUUCGCAGAACGAGGCGUGGGAACUCAGUAACCAGCUCGUGUGCCGCAUCGCUGCCGACUGCGUUCAUACCUGCCCUGUACAGUGGUUGAACGACACGGAAUGGAACGCGACAACGCUGGCAGCGGAUCAUGUGAGGCGUCCUAUCCUCUCCCAAUUACUGCACGCUGUUCGGCGUAUCACAAAAGCUAUACACGCCAGGAAAAAAUGUGAGGACAACAUUGAAGGUUAUUUUCUUUACAGGAGGGUGCAAACAAGUGAAAUCCAGUCCGCGAUGAGGGCCUACAUGGAUCAGAUGUCCAACUCCUGGCUAGAAUAUGUGCAGCUGCUGUCACAUGGCGUGACACACGCCACACAACUGUUUAUUCCCCUCGCGUUUGAAUACAUGGGUAACCACACGAAUGAUGAGCAACUCCGUGGAUGGCUUAAGAACAUGGAACGUCUGAGAGACAUGCUGCACGCAAAAUUAAGGGGUUGGGUACACGAUAUGACACUCAUCGGCGAGCAGAUAGCGAACUACAAGAUAGAAGAAGACAAGAACAGCACUGAGAACUACAUAAUAAGGCGGCCGCAGUUGAGUGGUGAACUACUGACCCAUCACGGAUGGUAUCCCUACUUCCGUGACGACUUCAGUAAGAUAUGCGAGGUGCAACAGCCAGAGGCAUCGCAAAUGUUCGGUCUAGCUGACGCACUGUACUCCUUCUAUCAUUCCUACUGGUUCUGCGUUCCACAAUAUUUAUCUGCUAUAGAAAGAAGCCCCGCAGAUGAGAAGUGGCUGCUGGAAGACAGAAGCAACGCUACCCUCUCUGUGGACACCGCCUGCAUGCAGCUGUUGGCGAACUCGCUGGACAACCCCACGUGUCCACUGGAAGAUCUGCCUCCAGAAACCAUUAAGCGACGCGAGCACUGCCGUGUGCAGCUGUGGGACGACAUGGUGCAGAGGUUGCCCCACAUACCCGUAACCAGCUACCUGGCGUACACACAGAGAGUAAACGUCAACAUCUGCCUCUUGGCCUGGAUGACAGUCAACUCGUUCAGCAUUUGUCAGGACGUCCCCUUUAGUAUGCUACAAUCCGUGCACGAUGCUCGCUGCUAUUUCGAUAGCCCUUACGACCAAUCGUGUCUGGAAUCGAAUGCUAAAGAUGCCAUCUGCUUUGUAUCCAGAGCUACUCUGUUGCUGAAAUGUCGGGAUUUUUCCUCCCUUAAGCUUCCCAAGCUAUGUGAUGUCAAAAUUUACGCAGAUGGGUCGAACAAAACGUUUACUCUACCAGAGAUAGAAAUUUUAAGAGGAAAUUUAAAGCCAACAAAAACAACACUGUACUUCAAGGAAAGUUUAAACGAUGCCACGUUGAGAUACAAGGAUUUUAAAAUCGACAACUUAAAAUUUUUAGAAUUCUCAUUUAUAGCAAUAAAUAUUCUUUUUCGCUUUUUGACUGUCGGAGUACACAUGUACCUUCCCCAGCUACGUAAUUUGCCUGGAAAGAUAUUGAUGUCCUUUCAGAUGACGGGUAUAAUCCAGAUCUUGUGUUCUGAGGUCAUGUAUCGUAUGGCAGGCGUCCCAGACUUAUCUACGAUGGUUCUAAUCGAUAGCGCCCUCACGCUUCUCACUUGUAUCUGGCUGAGCACGUUCUGCUAUCAAAUGUACUCAUGUAUUCGUCAUCUCAGGCUUCCUAAUGACCUGCAACCUGCUGAAGCCAGAAAGGUAUUCCGUCGUCACGUUCUGUAUGCACUGAUACCCUGGAGUAUGAUAUGUGCGGCAAGUAUUACUUUGGAAUAUAUUAACAAAGAUUACCUGAUCUAUAGUCGCAUAAUAUUCCUCGUGGGAAUUUCUCUGUCAGUAAGUUUCAAUCUGGUUUGCCUUGGAAUUGUGGGGUACAUGUAUCUCCGGAAUAAGAAAUCCAUGAGUGAACUCAAAGUUUAUAGUAAGGAUAAAUAUGGGUCCAAGAAACAAUUCGUUUAUCUAUCAGUUAAGGCGGUCGUGUUAAGCGGAAUAGGUAUAAUUAUUAGAAUGGGGUUCCACCAGGCACAAGGCGUAGCACAGUCUGUGUACUAUGUUCACAUAGCUACAAUGAUGCAGGGACCAGUUCUGUUUGUCUUUUUCAUUUGUAGCGAAACAACACUCCCUGUGCUGAAAAACAGAGUAAUGGCAUGGUGGAACCCAGAAAUAAUAAGACCGGGGCAAGAACUUGGUUCUGCAGCUGUGAGAAAUUUGGCAAGGAGGAGAAAUGAACAGUUUGUGGCUGGAGAAUCCAAACUGUAAUAUCCACGAGUAUUCUUCUGAUGGAACAAAAUUAACCGUGACCGAUAUCGUCAAGCCAGUGCCUCAGUUUUCUAAGUUAUUCUUUAUUUACAAUCACGUGCUUAUUUGUACAUGAUAGUUUCUGUCUAGGUAUAGUAAAGACAAUACUAAUUAACUGUGGGUGUCAAAUGUAGUUUGAAGUGGGCGCAAAAUAUUGAAGGACAGUGUUACAUGUGACUGAAAUAAUGGCGUUUGUGAGACAGGAAUUUUUGCAAACAGUAUUGUGGAAGAACGAAAACGUAACAGAAGUUAAGCUAGAAGGACAUAUGUUUUCCCAGGAGUUAAAUUGUAAGGACAUACAACGAAGAAUUUCUUGCGAUUCGUAAUUAGUAAACGAUCUCCCAUUUGUUCAAAUAAAAACUGAG